CGUCGGAAUCGGGCUCGCGGUGUUCUCCGGCAUCUGUAGGUCAUACUUGGACAGUUGAAAGGCCUGGACUCAUCGAGCAUCAUCCUCGUUCUUUGUUGAGGCUGAUUCUGCGCUUUUUCAGCUCGUCUUUGUUCUUCAGUACAAGAAUGCCUGCCGCAAUAAAGAGGCAUUUCAAAUAAAAGAAUUCAAGAAGCCAAUCAAUCAGGAGUCGGUAGAGGCCGUGCGUGCGAAAGGAAUUUCUUCUUAUCAUCGGAUCGGACACUCCGCCCACCACAAACGGCGUGGCUAUGCGGGCAUCCCUACGAGCGGCCCAGCUUACUCCACCCUAUCGUCUACACCGUCCGAUCACACACGGUUUGUUAGAUGAGCCCUCGAUAUAUCCGAAGGCUUCGCAUCCGAUUGAUCUCUGACCACCGAUUCACCAAGAAGAGAGAGGGUGUCACCGUCGUCUGCGAGCUCGCUCUCCACGCCGUCAAUGGCGUCCUCCGUUCUCGUUUGUAAUUCCGGCUUCCACUCCCUCACUUCCUUGCAUCAGCGGCGCUCCUUUCCUCGGUCCAUCCUCUCACACACUCCCGCCUCCGGUUCUCGGUUCGGCUGCAUUCCCCACGCUCUCCGAUCCGCAUCCCCCAGGUCUUUGCAUUCCGGAUUGACCUCCGUCCAUGGCCGACGAUCGCUUCUUCUCCCCGUUCGCGCCUCCGCUGUCACUCCUGCAGCGGUCCCUGCACCCUCCCCGGCUCCCGCCCCCUGGCAGGGCGCCGCUCUGAAGCCCCUCGCCGCCUCGAUCGGCACGGGCGUCAUCCUUUGGCUCGUUCCCGCUCCCGCUGGCGUCUCCCGUAACGCCUGGCAGCUCCUUGCCAUCUUUCUCGCCACGAUCGUCGGCAUCAUCACGCAGCCACUCCCCCUCGGCGCCGUCGCUCUGAUGGGCCUUGGUGCGUCCGUCCUUACUAAGACCCUUCCCUUCGCUGCAGCCUUUUCCGCCUUCGGCGACCCCAUUCCCUGGCUCAUUGCGCUGGCGUUUUUCUUCGCCCGCGGUUUUAUCAAGACGGGCCUGGGGAAUCGCGUCGCCUACCAAUUCGUCUCCCUCUUUGGGAGCUCCACCCUUGGCCUUGGGUACAGCCUCGUAUUCAGCGAGGCCUUCCUUGCCCCGGCCAUUCCUUCUGUCUCAGCUCGCGCUGGGGGAAUCUUUCUCCCUCUGGUGAAAGCCCUGUGCCAAGCAUGCGGUAGCAACGUGGGGGAUGGAACAGAGAACCGGUUGGGCUCGUGGUUGAUGCUUACUUGCUUCCAGACCUCUGUGAUCUCGUCGUCCAUGUUCCUCACCGCUAUGGCAGCAAAUCCUCUGAGUGCCAAUCUCACUUACAAUACCAUCAAGCAGACGAUCGGGUGGACUGACUGGGCUGUGGCUGCCAUUGUGCCUGGUCUGAUUUCCUUGAUCGUCGUUCCAUUGCUACUCUACGUGAUUUAUCCGCCAAAGGUAAAGAGUAGUCCCGAUGCUCCUAAGCUUGCCAGGGAGAAGCUGGAGAAAAUGGGGCCGAUGACGAAGAACGAGAUUAUCAUGGCAGGGACGCUGCUUUUGACGGUGGGACUUUGGAUAUUUGGAGGAGCACUAAAUGUGGAUGCUGUAACUUCUGCAAUUCUUGGUUUAUCCAUUCUUCUUGUAACAGGAGUUGUUACAUGGAAGGAAUGCUUGGCAGAGUCAGUGGCAUGGGACACCCUCACCUGGUUUGCUGCUUUAAUUGCAAUGGCUGGAUAUCUCAACAAAUAUGGCUUAAUCUCCUGGUUUAGUCAAACAGUAGUCAAGUUUGUAGGUGGAUUGGGUCUCUCUUGGCAACUAUCUUUUGGCAUAUUGGUAUUGCUCUACUUCUAUUCACAUUAUUUCUUCGCAAGCGGGGCUGCGCACAUUGGAGCCAUGUUCACGGCCUUUUUGUCAGUAGCCAGUGCACUGGGCACCCCUCCCCUAUUUGGAGCAAUGGUUCUCUCUUUCCUCUCCAAUCUUAUGGGUGGACUCACUCACUACGGCAUUGGGUCUGCCCCAGUUUUCUAUGGUGCAAACUAUGUGCCGCUCUCGCAUUGGUGGGGCUACGGAUUCCUUGUCUCUGUCGUCAACAUCAUUAUCUGGCUUGGUGUUGGGGGCUUCUGGUGGAAAACCAUUGGUUUGUGGUGAAGAAACUCACUCGAAAUUUUUUACUAUCAAUUUUUUUUUUUAUACUAAAAGGCAUGUAAUAUCCUUUCUCAAGUCCUUAGAGAGUCAUAAGAAACUUGUUUCCUUUCUCUAGGCUUCAACAGAAUUAUUCAUGCAGAAUUUUGGAUAAGGUAAAUGCUAUUGAGCUGGUUCGACCAUUAAUUGCACUGCUUACUUUUGUUUCUCUUUGAAUUCAGAUGACAUUGAUUUUGCCCUUCACCUAAGAUUCUCGAGUUCUAUCUUUUUGUACUUCAUUGCAAGGAAUGAAUUCAAUCUUGAUUGCCUUCUUAAUCAA